GUCUUCCUCUUUCUCCUCUGAUCUCUGUCGCCUCAGCUGCCAAUAAUACAGGAUCGUUAUGGGCACGCCGGCUGAUUCAUUGGCACAGGCUCCGCUGCUAGGCACGCUCUUCACCAUGUUCCUUUACGGUAUUGGGUGCAUGCAGGUGUUCUACUAUUUGCAGAACUACCAGGAGGAUAGGAUAGGCAUGAAACUUUUGGUGGCCGUUAUAUGGACGUUGGAGACGCUACACACAGUCCUGUCGAUCUACUUCGUUGAAUUCUACUUGAUCGUCAACUUCUCCAAUGAAGGCAACCUCUUUCAUGUCAACUGGGGUGUACCAGUGUCGUUCAUCGUCGGUUUUCUCGUCGCCUUCCUCGUAAAUGUGUACUUCAUCUGGCGCUUCUGGAGACUGUCCCAGAAUAUGAUCUUCUCCACGACCCUACUUGUCCUGGCAAUUGCUCGGCUAGCUGUCGGCUGGAUGAACUCGGUUCUCGCUAUUGAGGACACGCUGUGGGAGGAUUUCCGCGCAAAGACUUUUGCUUCUAUUGUCGCGGGCUAUGUUUUGUCUGUGCUUGCCGAUGCGCUGCUCGCGGCUGCGCUGUGCUGGCUUCUGCAUAACCUAAGAACAGGUGUAAAGCGAACGGACAAUAUGAUCGACAACCUACUCAUCUAUACAAUCAACACAGGCGUACUGACUUCCAUUGGAGCGUUGGUAGUACUCAUACUAUUUCUCUGCCUUCCUACAUCCCUCGCGUUCAUUGGUGUGCUCCAGGUACAAACCAAGCUCUAUGGCAUCUCAUUUCUAGCAUCACUCAACUCGAGAAAUUCGAUGCUCGACAAAGCGAAAGCCACUCGACAGUCUUCGAUUCGAAUCAACAACUUUGUCAUGUCCCGCUCGCACAACAGUGCCAACAUGAAGCGGGGAAAUACAAACCCAAUCGUGAGGUUACAAGAGGGAUGGGCAUCAUCGAAUGCUCAUGAUAUGUUUUUUAGAAUCAUAUCGAGAUCCACAAAACGAUGGAGACUAUUAAUGAUGUCGAAAUGAUGGAUGACAUCGCGGUAUGACCUGUGACUGAGACAGUAAUGGACCGCCCUUGGCAUGGAUAUGACACGGACUAGUUGCAUCUGAGUGUAGAAAUUCGAGGUAGCAGGGGCUCGCGACGACGCACGGCGCGUUUGUCCCGGGCAAGGGGUGCCCAAAGGGCAAUCGCGUGAAGGAUUCGACUAUCUACGACAGUAUAGACACGCCAUGAUGCGAGCGAUAACGAACACUAAGUAACUCCGGCAAUGAGUGGGUGGUUAAUAUCUGAUAUCAUAUUACUGUAGCUUCGCUGUAAU